UUUGCAAAGAGCGGCCACAGCAGAGGAGACUCGUGACGCUUCAGGGCAAUAUGGUUGUCGCAGUCACGAAUGAUUGAGAUUAUUGUUGAUAAUCGGCCAACUCGCGAUGACUCGGGACGGGCAGCCUCGCAGCACGGUGGAGCAGCUGAUCCGGCGCUUCCUCCCACCUGGCUGCCGUCGCUUCCUCAUCAGCCAAUCGGAAGAGGCGCAGCUCGCCCACGUCAUCCUGCGAGCUCUGUUUGGCGCGCUGAGCGGCGCAGUCAUGUUCGUGGCCGUCGCCCCGGGCAUCCCGCUGAACUUUGACCUCAAGAUGGCCACAGGAUGCGUGUUUACCGGCGCCUGUCUGCUGGGCGGGGCCGCGUCCUCGGCCUUCAGGUGCGCCGUCCUGCUGAUGUUUCCCAGCAUGCUCGGCUCCCGCGGACGCACCUUCCUGGUUCUGCUCGUCCUCUCGGCGCUCUACGCAGGUCCCGUGUCCAACGUCCGGCGGAACGUGGAGACGGCCGCCGCGUCGCUGACUUGCAAUCUGGACCUGCAAGUCCGCAACGCCAAGUCGCUGUGGAGAGACGCCGUCACGCCCUUCGUCAAGGUGGCGCAGGAAGUCGUGAAGGGGGAAGCGGAAUUCAAGGCGGACGCCCGCGACGCCAACGAGGCCUUCGCCGCCAUCCGAGACCAAGUGCUGGGUCGCCACGGAUACGGAGGGCCUCCAGACGAGCGCGAGGCGCUCGACGCGAACGCCACGCGGACGCAGGAACGCUUCGCCUACGCGACCGAGAUGCAGUGCGACAGGGUCGUCGACCGGAGCGUGGGGCGGUGCGCCCAGUGGUUCGCCGACCGGUGGAGGGCGUGUCUGGAGGUGAUCCCGGUGCCCGUCAUCAACCAUAUCCUGUGCGUGCCCAUGAAGUUCCACUUCCUGUGCGACAUCAUGCGAGUGAUGACGGGCUGGUGCAAGCGCCACGUCCCCGUGGAGAAAAACUUUGGUCAGCUGUUCGACCGCCUCAACGCUUCAGUCGAGCUUCUGGGCCGAGAGUUCACCAGCGAGCUGGUCGUCGAGGAGCGGCAGCGGCAGGCGGCGCUGGACGGCGAGCUGGUAGACGGCGACUUCACGCGCGGCAUCCGAGCUUCUUUUCGCCGGGUGGAAGCUCGCACGCGGCAGCUGCUGGACGUCCUGCGGCUCGUCGUUUCCUUCGCCUUCGUGUCCUUGUUCACCCAGUCUCUGGGCUACGUGCGACAAUACCGAGGAGACGUUUACUUUGACAACAUGUACGUCACCAAAUACUUCGGCAUCAUCGACCGACGCAGGAGGGCCCAGGGGAAAUCUUCUUUGUUGCCCCUCACGCCGUCUGAGAGACCAAAGUUUGUGGACCCCUGGAGCCCCAAGAUUCACCCUGAAGAACUCAAACAAGUGGUGUCAAGUGUGUUUCAGGUGUUGUCGGCGCUCCUCUUGGCGCUGGUCCUGCUGACGGUGGACGUGUCCGUUUUCCGUGUUCUCCACGUGGUCAGCAAACACUCGCACACCACCUUCAACUUCAGCAGCAGCCAGCAGGUGGCCAUCCAAGUGGGCGGAGACUCCAUGAUGGCCCGCCUCUUGCGGAAGACAUUUUCCGCCUUCAACGCGUCCUCCAGCGUCCGCAUCGUGUCCGACAAUCGGCGGUGCGUGACCCCACCCUCCUCGCUGGCCGGCUCGGCGUACGUCAGCGUUACCUGGUGCCUCCUGCUGGCGGCGCUCUUCAGCUGCCUUCAGGUCUACGCCAACCGCCUGCGCAGAGUCAUCGCCGCCUUCUACCACCCGCGGCUGACGGACCAUCAAGCUAACCCGGCGCUAUUUUGAUCAUUGCGUGGUCGCGGAACGCAGCAACAAGAAGAAAAACAGUGCAACGCAACGCCACGCUACCGACCUGCUUUUAAAUUCAACUGAAGGUUCAGAGGCUGCUUUCAAACAAAAGUCCAAUCCGCGACAAAAUGAACCCGCAGCUGAGAAUCUUUGCUUUCCUCCCCUCGCUGGGCUGCAAGUUGUCCAAAUGGCGGCGUUUGUUUCCAAAAUGAGACGUAUCCGUUUUUGUUUUUUUUUUUUUUCAUUUUGAGAAAAGGGCUUGGUAUUGAAGUGAAAACAAUAAACUCAAUUUAUGUUUCUAACUAUUGGGGGAUGGAAAGAGAGGCUAAAAAGUAACUAAACACCAUACUACAAAAAAAUAUUGGCUUUAAUAUUCACCGAGUUUUUUUUGAUGACAAAUUUCAUUUUUUCUCCAAAAUGAGACAUAUCCAAACAUUCUAUUCUUGGCAAAGUGAGACAUAUCCAAAUUUCGACUUUUUUUAAAUCAGUUGCUUUCGAUAGGCCAUCGUGAAAACUAUUUGCCUUUCGACAUUUCAAGCAUUUUUAAAUAAUAUUUAAGACCAUGACCACCACAUUUCGAGAGUUAGGUAUCAGAAAUAAGGGUCAGUCACCAGUCACAAUUUUCACAAUUAGCUCACUAAUGUCAGAUGUUGAAAAAGGAGAUGAAAAAUUUUUUUCAGUUAGUUAUUUAGAAACCGUUUGUUUGUUCGGUAUGAGGUCUUGGAAAGGCUGAGUUUACAUCAUUGUAAUUUUGUGGAUCUGGAUGCGAUUCUGCAAUCCGACAUCUGCAGGCACUGUGUCACUCAGUUGCAAUGGUACUUGGAUGAGAACUGAAGUAUUAAAUUGCAAUAAUUUCAUCAAGAAUUAAAAUGAAAUGGGAAAAGCACCCUCACAAUGGGACAGCCUGCAAGUAAACCAGCACAAUCGCUGAUUCAUUUAUUCGAUAUUAUGAAACAUUGCUAAACAAAAUACAACAAGACUUAGUUCAGCUCGAAAGCAAGAAACACUGUAAAGAUAAAAUUGACAAAAACGCAUGCCAAGGAUCCAAAUUAAAAAAAACACGGUCAAAUGUAUCACCUGGCAAAACAAUGAAAAGGUUUGCUACUGACUGCGCUGGAUAUUGUUCGGUGUGAACAACUUUGACUUUCUUUCAAUUCAUAAGUAGAAAAGAAACAUUACUGAUUCACGCAUCAGUAGAUUCUAUUGAAAAUAGAAUUCACGUAAAAGAAAGUCCAAAUGUGAUAUAAAAAAAAAAAAGGAAACAAUAGGUCAACUUCACAAAGAAAAAAAAAAUAGCGAGCGCUUCUUCUUUUCUGACGCCGUUUCCGCUGGGUUUCUUUCCCUUCGCAGCUACAUUUCGUACAUAAAAUCAAACUCGGCAUUAGCAUCUCUCUCAAACGUGGGCGCAGCCAUUUUGGAUGAUGAUGAUGACGUGGAAGAUACCGGAACUUCCCUCACGACGAAUUCUGAUUGGAUGCUGCUUGCUUCAGCAGCGCACGCUGAUUGAACGAAAUGAUGUCGCAUUUUGAAAUAAAACGCAAUCUUCCUUGGCUGAUAUAGAACGAUAUGUCGCACUUUCAACAAAAACCAGAGUAUCCGUUUAGGGUUAGGGUUAGGUAGCGUUUUGAAAACCAACUCUUCAAAUAUUCUCCAGGCUGAAUGCGACUUUGGAAACGUGAUUUGUUCGGGUUCCGCUCAUUCGUGGUACCUUUUCUGCUGGACUUGAGUUACGCUGGUGCUCCACGUGAAAAGUUUCCACGCGUGCCCCUUUGGGCUUUUUUUUCUUAACAAACGCUCUUUUGUGUUGCUUCCUCGUCACUUCCUCUCGCAAUGUGACGAGCUAGCGAGGAACGCAGCGCAGCUAAGCCGAUUAGCGGAACGAAGUGCGGCUACUCGCGGCGGAGCGAGCGCCCCGUCAACCGGGGGGGGGGGGGGUCAACACUGAAACUCGACCGUGACGUCGACUUGAUUUUCACAGCAUUUGAAAAAAAAAAACAAAAACACAGCUGUAAGAAAGUUGCACCGCUAUAAAUACAACAUCAAACGCAA